AUGUCCUACGACCUGACCAACCGCCGUGAUGGUAUGACGGCUCAUCACUCGACCGUCAAAGCUAGCCUUAAGUUUGGUCCAAAAUCACUUGGACAUCAAACUACCUCCUGGAAAGUGGCUCAAAGAAACAAUACUGCGGGAUGGGCUGUCGGUCCGAAUAUGAAUGUUGUGGCUAAGUUGAUCUGGACGUCGGAUGUUCCGGACCUCAUUCAGAGGAAGAUUAGGAAAAUUAAAAAGCAGAACAAACGCCAAAACAACCAGAAAAAGAAGGGAUGGCUGCAAAAAGUUGGCCCCAGAGUCUGGCACCGAGUGAGCAAGAAAAUGCCCCUCAUGGAAACCAUCAAGAGAAAGCGCCAUGAGAGUCUAACCGCAAGAGGGCCGUUUCAGCCAAUCCUGUUGCCUUCCGAUAUCGAGGGUAUUCAAGCGGUCACGAUGCCUAGUACACCAGAGCCGCCUGAAGAAGCCUACGCAUAUAGUGACAUUUCUGGAGAGAUCUCAGAUAGUUCGUCCGAGAGGGAAGACAUGUUCCACCUUGACGUGCUCGAUUUGCUGGAGGACCUGGCGGCAAUCGACGUGGGAACUGCUGCAUCACUGGGAAUUUGGAUUUUGACACUUGGUUGUCCAUGUUCUUGUAAAAUCCCCAAUCCCUUUACGCCUCACACAACACUAAACCACGGGUGA